AUGAGUAGCUACCAGAUGAAUGCCGGCAGUGGACCCAUCCGGGCCAUGGGUCCAUCAGGGGAUGCAACUUACAUGGAUCUCAGCAACAUGCCUGUGGACAACAAGCAGCAGCAGACCAUGAUGUGGCAGCAGAGUCAGUACAUGAGUGAUUCAGGCAUCCAUUCUGGUCAGACCACACAGGCCCCGUCCAUCAGCAGCAAAAGUCAGGGAAAUGAGGUGGAUGAUGGAGAUAUGGACCCCACCAAAAUGAUGUUUGACUGGGGACUGGGCGCAGAUACUUACAACCAGGAACAGGUUGAUGACAUCAACCAGCAGCUGAACCAGACACGCUCCCAGCGUGUGCGUGCGGCCAUGUUCCCAGAGACAAUGCCAGAAGGGGUUCAGAUCCCGUCAACACAGAUCCAGCCGGACCAGCCUACUGCUGUCCAGAGACUGAGUGAGCCCUCGCAGAUGCUGAAACAUGCUGUGGUCAACUUGAUCAAUUACCAGGAUGAUGCUGACCUGGCUACACGAGCCAUCCCUGAGCUGAUCAAGCUGCUGAAUGACGAGGACCAAGUGGUGGUUUACCAGGCUGCCAUGAUGGUCCAUCAGUUAUCCAAGAAAGAAGCCAGUCGACACGCCAUCAUGAACUCACCCCAGAUGGUGACUGCCCUCAUCCGAGCUAUGGCCAACACUGAAGACAUAGAGACCACACGGUGUGCUGCGGGAACCCUGCACAAUCUGUCCCACCACAGACAGGGUUUGUUGGCCAUCUUCAAGUCCGGAGGCAUUCCAGCUUUGGUUAAACUCUUGAGUUCUCCACUGGAGUCUGUACUUUUCUAUGCGAUCACCACCCUGCACAACCUGCUGCUCCACCAAGAAGGUUCCAAAAUGGCUGUCCGUCUGGCUGGAGGGUUACAGAAGAUGGUUGCCCUUCUCCACCACAACAACAACGUUAAGUUUCUGGCCAUAACAACUGACUGUCUCCAGAUUCUGGCUUAUGGCAAUCAGGAGAGCAAGCUGAUUAUACUAGCCAGUGGUGGUCCCGGAGAGCUGGUGCGGAUCAUGAAGUCAUACACCUACGAGAAGCUGCUGUGGACUACCUCCAGGGUUCUCAAGGUUCUCUCUGUCUGCCCCAGCAAUAAGCCUGCCAUUGUGGAAGCUGGUGGCAUGCAAGCUUUGGCCAUUCAUCUGGGACACCAGAGCCAGCGUCUGGUGCAGAACUGUCUGUGGUCUCUGAGGAAUUUGUCUGAUGCAGCUACCAAGAUGGACCAACUGGACAGCCUCCUUCACAUGCUGAUCCAGCUGCUGGCCAGCACUGACAUCAACGUGGUCACCUGUGCCGCGGGCAUACUUUCCAACCUGACCUGCAACAACCAGAGGAACAAGGUGAUGGUCUGCCAGCUGGGAGGCAUCGAAGCCCUGGUCCGCACAAUCAUGCAGGCUGGAGACAGAGAGGACAUCACUGAACCUGCUGUGUGUGCCUUACGUCACCUGACCUCCCGCCACCCAGAAGCUGAAAUGGCCCAGAAUGCCGUGCGCGUGCACUAUGGUCUGCCUGUUCUUGUGAAACUGUUGCACCCCCCAAGCAGAUGGCCCCUCAUCAAAGCUGUUGUUGGACUCAUUAGAAAUCUGGCCUUGUGUCCAGCAAACCACGCCCCGCUGCGAGAGCAUGGGGCUCUGCCUAGGAUUGUGCAGUUGCUGAUCCGGGCACACCAGGACACUCAGAGAAGGGCCUCCAUAAGCUCAAACGGGCCUCCUCUGACUGGCUACGUGGAUGGUGUUCGUAUGGAGGAGAUUGUGGAGGGAACUGUUGGCACAGUGCACAUACUGGCUCGAGAGGCUCACAACCGAGCUGUCAUCCGAGGGCUUAACUGCAUACCUCUGUUUGUGCAGCUUCUGUACUCACCCAUUGAGAACAUCCAACGUGUGGCAGCGGGUGUGUUGUGUGAGCUGGCAGCUGACAAGGAAGGAGCAGAAAUGAUUGAGCAGGAAGGUGCUACAGCUCCACUGACUGAGCUCUUGCACUCUAGAAAUGAGGGAGUUGCCACUUAUGCUGCAGCUGUUCUGUUCCGAAUGUCCGAGGACAAGCCACAGGAUUACAAAAAACGCCUGUCCCUGGAGCUGACCAGCUCACUGUACCGUGGAGAUAACUGGACCGAUCCUCCUGGCUUUGAAGAUAUGUCGAUGCCAUUGGAGGACUCUCGGGACCACAUGUACAACCCACAAGCUUCUCAAGGCGGCAUGUAUGGACACGGUGGGCCACACUCAGAUAUGGGACGGGGACCUACAGGUUAUGAGCAAGUUCCAAUUGACUCCAUGCAAGGCUUGGAUAUAGGCAGCCAACAUGGCAGUGCUUACAGCCCCAUGGAAAACCUGCCCGACCUAGCCAACCCUGGCGAGAUCAACUUUGACAACUUGGACCCGGCACUAGGCACUCACCCUGAUGAUAAUCCCAACCUGUGGUACGACACCGACGUGUAA